AAAGCCAGCAUUUCAGCAAAAGCCAGUAUUGCUUUUGAGCUGUUCAGAAAGAGGCUGUCAGCGCUGGCUUCACAUUGACAUUUUUUUGUAAACAUGACAGGAAAUCUAAGCAGGUGUAACUCCAUCCUCAUAACAGGAGCCAGUCGAGGACUAGGUUUGCAAAUGGUGAAGGACUUAGUCAAACAAAACGAGAGGCCGAAGAAAAUCAUAGCAACUGCGAGGAAUCCAGCCACAGCUGAGGAGCUACAAGAAAUCACCAGAUCAUUCACUGGAGUUCAUAUAAUCACCCUGGAUGUUGUUAGUGAAUCAAGUAUACACUCAGCCUCUGAAGAAGUUGCUUCCAUCGUGGGAAAGGAGGGAUUAAACUGCCUAAUAAACAAUGCAGCCAUCAACAUCUCCACUGACCUGAAAACUGUGACCGUGGAAGCAAUGAUGAAAACCUUCGAGAGCAAUGCUGUUGCCCCUCUCAUGGUCACCAAGGCCUUUCUACCACAUUUACAAGCAGCGGCAGGACAAAACACUGGAAUGGGUGUGCACAGGGCAGCCGUCAUCAACGUUUCCUCCAUCUUGGGAUCUAUUCAGCUGAACUGGGGAGACGGAGCGCAGUUUAAAAGCUAUGCCUACAGAACAUCCAAGUCAGCGUUAAACAUGAUCACAAGAUGUCUGGCCACAGAUCUAGAAGCUGAAGGUAUUCUGUGCCUGGCGUUACAUCCAGGAUGGGUGCGCACGGACAUGGGGGGCCCACAGGCACCUCUCACCCCAGAGGAGAGCAUAUCUUCACUUCUAUCAGUUAUUUCUUCAUUGACUGAAAAAGAACAUGGGGGAUACAUGGACUAUUCAGGAAACAAACUGCCAUGGUGAUUGUCCUACACAUGAAACAAGUAAAUACAUAUUUGCUUCCUAGGCAUGCCUAGGACAGUUAUUUUUGGAUGGUUAGUUGUAAGGUGGGCUAGAUUGUCAUGAAGAGUUUUCGAGACACUUGAUGGAGGACCUGUUUUUCCAGCACAGCUGAAAGGCAAAUUUCAUCUGAAAUUUGAAUAUCAUGAAGAAUUCUUUUUAAGGCUUAUGUGUGGAACUACCCUCAUUCCUACUUCAGAUGAUGCUCUACAAGAGCCAUGUCACCCAGCAUUUGACAUAUGCUCUAUACCUGUACUGUAUCAACUAGGUCUUGCUAGUCACAUAAUGGAUAUGAUUUGGAAAGGUCAUUGCCCAUGUUUCUCCAUAUGACAAUCUACAUUUUAAUAUCUUCAUCAAUAUUCUAAUAUGAAUAUGUAAUCCCACUAACCACUAAAUUUGUAAAAUUGAAGUACCAUCUAUUGAUACAGUAUUGUUUGUUAUUACACUAUGUUCUAUGCAAUACAGUAUACAAUGUCCAAAUCACUUUCAGCCAAACAGUUCACCACACACAUUAUGAUCGCAUUAUGAUCAUCAUUGUGUGACCCUAGAUGGAGCACAAACCUUGGCAAAAUCGAAAGGAUGAGAGGUUGGCACCCCAUAUGAUGAAAGUAUUUGUAUCUGUUUUUGCAUUGUUUGUGCACAUUUGUGUAGGCAAAGUAAAAAAUAUGCUCUCAAACUGUUUUUAGAAAUUAAGCAAUUACGUGGUUAGUGACCUGUGGUCACCCAGCACUCCAUUAAUGCCCAAAUAACUUUUUUGUGCAGUCAAAAUAAACAUGUCUGCAUCAUUGUG